UUUGUUUACGUUUGUAAGUUUGCGGUAUUUCUUGUCAGUGCGAGAAGGUUUAAAAAACAAUAAAAUUAUUAAAAAUAAAAUAAUAAAAAUAACAGGAAUCAGAUAUUGUUAAUUAAACUUUUACUCCACACUCCGUUUUAAAGAGAAAUAGGGACUUAAGAAUCUUAAGUAGACUCCUCGAGGAAGCUUUCCGAAGCAAGAUCGCUGAAAUGGCGGAAAAAAUUCUAAUAAUUGACAAUGGUUGGAUCCUACAAAUGUCGUGUUGGAUUUUCAGAUUCCACAGCACCUUUGUUCGAAUUUAGAAAUUUGAUUGCAAAGCCGAGAAAAGACAAGAAGAAGGAUGCCCCUAGUGCUUCAGAGAAUGCCUUCCAAAUAGGCGAUGAAAUCGAUGUUGAUGCAAUGCGUUUAUUGCUGAAGACGCAAUUUGAACGAAAUGUAGUGACACAUCCAGUUUACCAGGAACAUAUAUUUGAUUAUAUUUUGGGAAGGAUAACGCCGGAGGGUCGUGAUUGGACGCCCCAGCCGAUUUUAAUUACAGAACCUUUAGCCAAUCCAACCUACUGUCGUCAGACAAUGAAUGAAUUAUUCUUUGAGUGUUAUGAUAUACCUUCAAUUUGCUAUGGCAUCGAUUCAGCAUUGGCUUGGCAACAUAACCGCUUGUCCACAGAAGAGAAUAGUUUAAUUGUAAAUUUUGGUUAUCACACUACACAUGUUGUGCCGAUUUUGAAUGGACAGCUGCAACAUGACAAAAUACGGCGAUUAAAUUUAGGUGGCUAUCAAAUGAUUUCGUAUUUGUAUCGUCUUUUGCAAAUGAAAUAUCCAGCCCAUUUAAAUGCUAUAUCAUGGACACGAAUGGAAGAUAUUUUUCAUAACCACAGUUCGGUGGCAGUGGAUUAUUUAGCAGAGUUGAGAAAGUGGGAUAAUAUGGAUUAUUAUAAUGCAAAUGUUAAGAAAAUACAGCUGCCCUAUACCGCCCCGGCAGCACCAAACCCUUUGGCUGCUGAAGAGAAAUUAAGAAGACGGAAGGAAAUGGCAAAACGACUGAUUGAGGCCAAUCAAAAACGGCUAAGGGAGAAAAAAGGAGAGGAGCUAGGUUCUGAUGCCGCCGUCCCUGUUAGUACAAGCUCCUCGACCUCUAGCAGAAAUUCAAAAUAUCAACCUCCACCAAAUGUACCGCUUGAAGUGUGGCUGGAGGAGAUUAAGAAAAAACACAAUGACAUUGUCGAAAAGAAAAGUACGCGGCUGAAAAGACGCCAAGAAAUGGUUAAACGUCAUACAGUGGCGUCUCAAGAACGUAUGCGAAUUAUUUCCCUGCUUGCCUCACACGAUAAAGGUUCCGAUGAGUUUGGCAAAGAUGACAAAGAUUGGGAUGUCUACAAGAAAAUAAGUCAUGAAAAUGAAAGCGAUAGUGAUGCGGAAAAUGAAAAACUAAUGGAAUAUGAGGGAAUAAUGAAAUAUCAUCAGGCAUCUAUGGCAAAGGACACUGAGUCCAUUGAAAAUACAGCGGAAAUGUAUCAGUUACACGUUGGUGUUGAAUCUCUGCGUGCCCCGGAAUUAUUAUUUCAACCAAGUAUGGUGGGCAUGUAUGAAACAGGCGUAGCCGAGUUAUUAAAAUUCGUGUUCGAUAACUUUGCACCAGAAGAUCAACAGAAAUUAGCCGAUAAUGUCUUCAUAACAGGUGGUUGCUCAAAAUUACCAGGUUUAAAAAAUCGUCUAGUAAAGGAACUGCAAGAAAUGCGCCCAUUUCAAUCAACCUUCUCAGUAAAAGAAAGUAAAAAUGCAUCAUUAGAUGCCUGGCUGGGAGGCAAAGACCUGGCCAACUCUGCGAUUUGGACAUCGUGUCUGACAACAAAAGCCGAUUACACGGAGAAGGGGACAGAAUAUUUUAAAGAUUAUCCCACAAGUAAUAAAUAUUUAGUCACUCCCAGAAAUGUUAUAAAUAACACUUAAAAGGAAUUAAA